UGGCAUGAUAUAUCGAAGGUAUAUCAUCCACAAACCUCUAAAUCAUCAACAGUUCUAAUGCUAGCAUUAUAAUUAUAGGGGGAAUUGAGCCAUGCAUGCUUCAGUGUACUGAAGAAAACAUCAAUUUGCAAGGUCAAUUUAAGCAGGAGAUUAAUUAAGCUAAAAAAUGGAGUUGUGCACACAAAGUGUUGUGACUGAUUAUAAGGUUAUUACACGUCGCUCUGCCAAUAAUCAUCCUUCUGUUUGGGGACACCAUUUUCUUGCCUAUGCUGAAAUACUCUCGGGUGCCAAUUAUAAGCGGGAAGAGAAGCAACAUGAAGACCUAAAAGAAGAAGUGCAAAAAAUGCUAGUGAUGACUCCUCCAAAAUCUUUACAGAAGCUUGAGCUCAUCAACUCAAUCCAAUGCCUUGGAAUAGCUUACCAUUUUGAACGUGAAAUCGAGGAAUCGUUGAGUUACUUCUAUACCAGUUAUGGAGAAGAAUGGUUUAGUGACAACCUUCAUGCUGUUGCUCUAAGCUUUCGAUUACUUAGGCAACAAGGUUAUUAUGUCUCACCUGAUGCUUUUAGAAAGUUCACUAAUGGCCAAGGAAAUUACAAGGAAGCAUUGGUUAACGACGCGAAAGGAAUGUUGAGUUUGUAUGAGGCAUCACAAUUCAGAAUACAUGGCGAAGAAAUUCUAGAUAAAGCACUGAAUUUCACCUACAGUCAAUUGAAACUAACUUUGCCUAAAUUGAGCAACUCAUUCCUUGGAAAACAAGUCAGCAACGCACUAAAGUUUCCAAUCAAAGAUGGUGUAGUGAGGGUAGAAACGAGGAAAUACAUAUCAAUUUACGAAGAAGAUGAAUCACACAAUGACGUUUUAUUAAAAUUUGCCAAAUUAGACUUCAACCUCUUACAAAGGUUGCAUAAAAAGGAACUCUGUGAUAUCACAAGGUGGUGGAAAGAAUUGGAAAUGGUGAAGGCAUUACCUUAUGCAAGAGACAGAGUGGUAGAGUUAUACUUCUUGAGUUUAGGUGUCUACUUUGAGCCCCAGUAUAGCAUUGCCAGGAAAAUAUUGACUAAAGUUUUAUACUUUGCCUCUAUUACCGACGACACCUAUGAUAUCUAUGGUACACUAGAUGAACUUACUCUCCUUACAAACGCUAUCGAAAGGUGGAAUAUUGAGGCUUCAGAACAACUACCACCAUAUAUGAAGAUUAUUUACCGUGCUCUUCUAAAUGUUCACAACGAAAUAGAGGAGGAAUUGGCAAAUGAAAACAAGUCAUUUCUGGUCAACUAUUUCGUAACUGAGAUGAAAAAGCUAUUGAGGGCUUACUUCCAAGAGGCAAAAUGGUAUCAUGGAAAGAAUAUCCCAACAGUGGAGCAGUAUGUGAAGAAUGGAGCUCCAUCUAGCACAUACCAUUUGAUUGCAACUACUUCUUGGCUAGUCAUGGGAGAGGUAGCAACUAAGGAUGCGUUUGAUUGGAUCGCAACUGAACCUCUAAUACUUGUUGCUUCUGGUAUCAUUGCCAGAUUACUCAAUGAUCUUGUAACACAUGAGACAGAACAUGAAAGAGGAGACACAGCUUCUGGUAUUGAAUGUUACAUGAAUGAAUUUGGUGUUACAAAGGAAGAAGCACAGAUGGAAAUGAGGAAAGUAAUAGAGAAUUGUUGGAAGGAUAUAAAUCAAGAAUACCUCAAACCCACAGUUGUUAUUCCAAGGGCUUUGCUUAUGGCUGUGAUCAAUCUUACAAGGGUGGCAGAGUUCAUAUAUAAAGAUGAAGAUGCUUAUUCGUUUCCCAAAAAUAAAUUGAAAGAUAUCAUCUCUAUGGUGCUAAUUGAUCCUAUUAUAACAUGAGAAAGAGAAAGGAGGAACAGGAAAAAAUAAAGAUUUGCUUUUCUCUAGAAUGCGUAUAUUUGUUACUAUAAGUUAAUUAAUGCCGUGUAGUUACUGUAUUAUUUACUACAAAAUAAACAUCCCAGUGUUGAAUUUUGCAUUAA